UUCUUGUCAGUAUUGCACUUUCUUGGUUAAUGUGCUUAGGUGCACCUCACCCAGAAUUUUCUGGAGAUCCUGGCUUACAUCAGUUUGUUUCGAAAAAUAAGGAGUUUGCCAUGCGGAUAAAGGCUGAUCUCCUUGUAUUGAAUGGGCUUCUGCGUAAAGCAUUGAGCUUUGGCAGCAACAGAGAACUGAUGGCAAUAGAGAAACUCUUGGGCAUUCAACAAGUUAAUAUCUCUCAUUGCCAGCAGGACCCCUGUGACAUGGAAAGCUGCUUCAAUCAGAUACAGGCAGGCCUCCAAACCUACUCUGGUUACCUCUCGCAUAUUCACCAAAUCUUAACAACUUACUCUGACAAAGUACUUAGUGUUCAACUGGAUAUUUCCAACUUGUCCCACAACAUUCAACAACAGAUGGAAGAAAGCAGCCUGACCAGUGUUGUCUAUCCACAGGCAGAAAAUGAGCCCAGAUUUGUGGAAGUUCAAGGAGAAAUUGGAAGUUACCUGGUCCUCUGCAAACUCCAGAAAUUUAUGGAUAUGAUUUUCCGGGCCCUGAGGCACUGUAGCACAUAAGGGAAAUCUAUGGAGAAUUCUCACAAAAGACCUUGAAGCUGAAAUAGUUCUGUGCACAAAAGGAAGUCCUAAGCCCUGCUUUCGUCUGGCAGGAUUGCUCUGGCAGGCAGAAUUCCAGCUUCUCUGUCUUUGUUUUUAAUUUAUUUUAAAUGUUUAUACACCAUUUUAAUACACUGAAAGUAGGAGACAAUAAAGUAAUUCAGAUAAAUUUAGCUCUAAAUGAAAUAAUAUUAACUGAGUUUGUACAACAUGUUAGAUUAGACUAAAGUUGAGCUGGGUUGCUUGAGAUUCAGCAUGUUGUGAAAAGCAAGCUAUUGUCUUCUAUCGUGAACACUCCAUUCUCUUAAGUCACUGUUUCUCAAACUCAGCAAUUCUGGCUUUGAGGAAAGUUGGAAGUCUUAAGGGUUGCUAAGGUUGACAAACACUGGGUUAAGUUGUAAUUCGUUUUAAAACUGACUGUUUAAUUUUUUUAUAGAUUAGCAUUCAUUCACUUCUAUUGGUAUGAUAAUCAGAGAAGAGCAUCUCACACAUGUACG